AUGGUGGUCGAUGAAGCAGACGACACAGACUCGGAUGUGUCUGCACAUGGAGGCAGCGCUAGCCUGCCGCCUUCCGACGGCAAGGCAGAGGGAGAGCCUGAGCAGGGCGAGCCCAAGUCCGUCGCCGAACCGGAAUGCGGAGACCUGCCGGUGACGCCAGAGCCACAGGCAGAGGUCACUGCGCACGAGGACCUGACCCCUGCGGUGGGAUGCACUCCCGAGGCGAAUGGUAGCGACGAGGCGAAAGAGACCCAGCAGCUCCGCCUCGUUCCGGCGAUCGUGCCCAAGUUUUACGGGUACUACAAAUCGGUGGACGAAGAGUUCGCGUCAAUGAGUGACACGCACCCACAUUGCGAUAGAGACUCAGAAUGUGACGUUUCGUGGCCGACGCGCAUCCUGCUCCUAGAAGAAUGUGGGACUACCGUCGACCCGUCUCUCUUUACAAGGGACCAAAGGCACGUCUGCUUCGAGGUUUUGCAGCAUCUGCACCUCGCGGGCUUCAUGCAGGGCUCCGCGUACGUGCGGAACUUCUUGGUGCAGCCCGGGCCCCUCACUGUGCCCCGUGCGCAACGUACGAUGGAGAAACCGAGCUUCAGGAUCAUUGAUUUUGGCCGCGGGGAGGCUGCUCAAGGCUUAUCGUGGAGUUGCUAUAGGGGUUUCGAGCGGUUUCACGAGGGCGACUUGGAGAGAGCUGCUAGGGAGUUGCACUUGUGA